AAUAAUUUAGUUCUUAAUCCUAAAGUGGAGAUAUUAAAUAAAGGAACUUAUCAGUCUACUAUUAUUGUACUAUUUAUUCUAGCUAUGUUAAAAAAUCUUCUCUUUGGAUUACUUUUAUUUAUUAACAUAUUAGAGAGAGAAAGUAUUGCUAGUACAGAUAGAAAAAAGAAUAGUCAAAUAGGAAGAUGA